AUGAAAAUAAAACUGUUGUCAUUGGAAAACUGUGUGACUGACGGAGAUCGUGUAAUCGGAGAUGUGAAACUGCAUGACCAAGAACGACAUCAAGCUGAGAACUUUCCAAUCCAUUCAGAAAAUGACCUAGAGAUGAGUGACGACGGAUACCUUUUUAAGUUGAUUGGAGAGACAAAAGUUGACGAUGAUUUUGCUAGUUCAAGCCGACGGGAGAUGCAGUUCAGUUCGAAGCAUAUUACCUACGCAAGGGACUUCGAGAAUCAACGAAUCGAGAAGAAGAAAGCGAGAAUCGCAGGAUUCGUUACCUCCUUCGUGUUAACGUGUGUUAUCUCGGCACUUCCAGACGACGUGGCUGAUGAUUUCUUAUCGUUUUCGAGUAGUGAAUUCGACAUUCUUUCAGCAUUUUCGGUAGACCUGAGUCGUGGAGUAUGUUCACCCUCCGAGGACGGUGUUUGUGUGCGAUCUGGAGACUUCUUCGCUUGCUUCGUCCCUACUACUGGCGCCUUUGGUGACAUAUUGGCUGCUUCCAUUACUUCCUAA